AUGGGUUCUGUGAUUUCUCGAGGCCCCAGAAUGGAAGCCCAAGUGGUGAUGAUGGGUCUUGACUCGGCGGGCAAGACCACGCUCCUGUACAGACUGAAGGGCCACCAGCCUGUGAAGACCCUGCCUACGGUUGGCUUCAAUGUGGAGCCUCUCGACAUGCCAGGGCAUGUGUCUCUGACUCUCUGGGAUGUUGGGGGCCAGAGUCGGCUCAGAGCCAGCUGGAAGGACUAUCUGGAAGGGACGGACAUCCUUGUAUAUGUGCUGGACAGCACUGAUGAGGCCCGCCUACCUGAAGCACUGGCUGAGCUCACAGCAGUCCUAGACCAUCCCCACAUGGCCAGCGUCCCUUUCUUGGUGCUGGCCAACAAGCAGGAGGCACCUGAUGCUCUGCCUCUGAUGGAGAUCAGAGCCAGGCUGGGCCUGGAGCGAUUCCAGGGCCACAGCUGGGAGCUCCAGGCCUGCAGUGCCCUUACUGGGGUGGGGCUGCCGGAGGCCCUGCAGAGCCUGGGGAGCCUUCUGAAGUCCCGCAGCCAUCAUGUGUUCAGGUGA